AAAGGAGAAACGUCAAAAUAUCGAAACACCGGGAGGUGGAUAGGCGGAGGGGAAGGCCUAGCAGCAAGGGGCCGGGCUAACCAUGGCGGAGGGCGGGAAGGAGGAGGAGUUCUGCUUCACAGCGCUCUAUAUAAGUGGCCAGUGGCCAGGGCCUCGCGCUUGUGCUGACCUUCAACCAGGCGGUCCCAGGGCAAUGGCGCCUUCCAGGAAGUUCUUCGUUGGGGGCAACUGGAAGAUGAACGGGAGGAAGAAGUGCCUGGGAGAACUCAUUUGCACCCUGAACGCGGCCAAGGUGCCUGCAGACACCGAGGUGGUUUGUGCACCCCCCACCGCCUACAUCGACUUCGCCAGGCAGAAGCUAGAUCCCAAGAUUGCAGUGGCUGCGCAGAACUGCUACAAAGUGACCAAUGGGGCCUUCACUGGGGAGAUCAGCCCUGGCAUGAUCAAAGACUUAGGAGCCACAUGGGUAGUGCUGGGGCACUCGGAGAGGAGGCACAUCUUCGGGGAGUCUGAUGAGCUGAUUGGGCAGAAAGUGGCCCACGCCCUGGCCGAGGGCCUUGGAGUGAUCGCCUGCAUCGGGGAGAAGUUAGAUGAGAGGGAAGCCGGCAAAACCGAGAAGGUUGUUUUCGAGCAAACCAAAGGCAUCGCAGAUAACGUGAAGGACUGGAACAAAGUUGUUCUGGCCUAUGAACCUGUCUGGGCCAUUGGUACCGGCAAGACUGCGACACCUCAACAGGCCCAGGAAGUACACGAGAAGCUUCGGGGGUGGCUGAAAUCCAAUGUUUCUGAUGCGGUGGCUCAGAGCACCCGAAUCAUUUAUGGAGGUUCUGUGACUGGAGCAACCUGCAAAGAGCUGGCAAGCCAGCCUGACGUGGACGGCUUCCUCGUGGGCGGUGCGUCCCUCAAGCCUGAAUUUGUGGACAUCAUCAAUGCCAAACAAUAAGCACCGUCCGUCUCCCCAACCCUUCGCUAGGCCAGGACUGGGUCACCCAGAAGCUUAGUAACUGUUCCCACCAGACACAUGCUUCUGAUGUCAUCUGUUCCAUCUUGUGUCCUAAUCCACACUGUACCUUCCUGAACCUUGUACACCUCCCUAUAAUGGUUGGGACCAGGCCAAUCCCUUUACCACUUACAAUGGUUAGAAUGAAGUACGUCACCUAGUUCACCAAGAUGGCUUCCUGGCUGGGGGGUGGAUGGAAAGAGUGGAACUGACUGUCCCUUCAGGCCCUAGCAAGAGCAAGAGAGUGAAAUCACCUUUCCCUUCUCAGCGUACACCAAGGCUAAGGUCCUCUUGCUCUAGGAGGCCGGGGAUGUUCCCCUCCCCGACAGUGCUGCCCUCGUAUUGUAUUUGUGAACCAUCUUACAUGUAAGGGAAAUAAACACCUGGCCCUGA